UAUAGAAUCUGAAUCAGGUCUUGUCGCUUUUCGUCUCUCUCUCUCUCUGUCUCCUCGUGUUCUCUUUCUCUGUCGCUGCUAAACAUUCAGAUCGCUAGCUAGCUAGCUCUGGUCGUGUGCAUCUAAUUUGCUGCUGUAUACGUUCUUCUUCCAAGAAUCGAGUUUAACAAAAAAUGAACAAGAGUCCACGCAUCGAUAUCCCCUCCUCGUCUUCUCCAGCAGCUUCAGCUUCAGCAGAUGGUGAGCUUAAUGAAGACGACAUCUUCUCAAUCGACAUAACUCACCCUCCUCCUCCUUCGUCCUCUCCUGCUCAACACACACCUGCUCGUCAGCUUCAGAGGAGCAAAAGCGGUUUGAAAAACGUGGAAGCUUCUGGUAUCCUCGCUGCUCUUCCCGAGACUUCUGGGAAGAGUUACCUCAACCACGUCUUUCACCAUAAGCCUGCAUCUCUUCUCUCCACUUCACCUUCUUCAUCUUCAUCUUCGGCGGCUCGUGCCAUUCCCUCAGCUCCUAAACCGCCUCAAGAGAGGCUUCCGUACACUGCUUCUUUUAUAGGUGGAGGGAAGUAUCCUCAGUCUGCUCCGGUUCAAGUGCCGGUAGCAUCUUUGGCCAUGAUGAAUCGUCAUAAGGAGUUCAAGCUGACUGAUGUGGUGGAUGAGGAUGAGGAGGAAGAAGAAGGCGAAAUGCUUCCUCCGCAUGAGAUUGUAGCUCGGUCUUUGGCGCAGUCUUCUUACCUGUCAUGCUCCGUGCUUGAAGGAGCAGGAAGAACACUUAAAGGGAGAGAUCUCCGACAGGUGAGGAAUGCUGUUUUCAGAAGAACCGGUUUCAUUGAUUGAGCUCUGUUUUUCACCGGAAGGACAUUCUUUGAUUUGUUACUUUGGCCACAGAAACUUUCCAAUUGUACGUGUUCAUAUUAUGUUGUGUCUACUUCAUAUCAAAGACGUUGAUGUGAUAACACAUGUUGUGUUUAUAUAAUUGUUUCAUGCUUCA